GCAGAGUAGGACUGAGCUUAAGCAAAGGGCCGGGGUUCCAGAUGAGGCCCGGUAGUGUUAGCGCAGAGGGGAGGGUAGAAAAGACGGAGAGAAAGCAGCUGUCCUCGCAUGAUAGAUUGACUGACGGGACGGAUUUGAGCUUAAACUAAGAUACCGUUGUGUUCUACCAACGUCUUCCGUAUUGGUUAACAAUAGACAGCUAUCAAGCACUUCUUUUUCUAAAUUAAAGCCUAAGUGAAACGGUUGUUAUUACUAACAUCGAAUCAAUCCGCAGCGGACUUAUUGCUGCUUAGCAACGUUAGCAUUCUUUUACUUUCCUAAUAACGUGACGUGCUUCAAUUCGGUGAUAAGCACUUUCGAAGUUGGGUUCUUGAUAAAACCAUUCAAUACAUAGUCAUCUGCAACUGCCUCUCUAUAUUUAGAAUUAGCCGGAUCAGAAUGUUGUGCUGCAUCAGAUUUGUUAUACAAGCUAAGGCUAACGGCGCUAUCAUUGAAGGCAAGCCGAAAAGCGGUUUUAUUGAAACUUAGCAACUUUGGUUUUACAUGUUGGGGGCCUCUAUAAAUUAUAGUCUGUUCAAACGGUUGCAAAUAUUUUUUUUUUCAAUCCACUGUGUGCACAACAUGGCUAUAGCUAACACUGGCUAAAGGCUAAUUCAUGGUUGGCCAUCUAUACCUGGUUUCUAUAAUGCCCCAGUGCUGGCAGUGAACGUGAUGGCAGCUCAGACGGUUUCCAUAGACAAGUACCCAAAAGGGGAGCAGCAGAUGCAAAGCGUUGUAAAACUAGACUGUGACUCUGAGGUGAAGUUUGAAGGGACAUUGGUUGAAGUGUCCAACCCAGUACCCACUGAACCACAGACACCCAUGGAUGCAGACAAGGCAUCUAUAUAUCGACACCCCCUGUUCCCCUUGUUGGCUCUGCUUUUUGAGAAAUGUGAGCAGUCCACACUCAGCUCUGAAUGCAUCACCUCUGCCAGCUUUGAUGUGGACAUUGAGAACUUCGUGCGCAGCCAAGAAAAAGAGGGUAAACCCUUCUUCAGCGAGGAUCCUGAACUUGAUAACUUGAUGGUGAAAGCCAUUCAGGUUCUACGGAUCCAUUUGCUGGAGCUUGAGAAGGUGAGCGACCUGUGUAAGGACUUCUGCAGCCGAUAUAUAGCCUGCCUCAAGACCAAGAUGAAUAGCGAGACCCUUCUGAGUGGAGACCCUGGAAGCCCUUACUCUCCUGUACAAGGCCAGGCACAGAACUUCUCCCCCACCAAGACUCAAACUCCAAGUUCCAUUUCGGGCACCAUCAGUCCCCAGGGUCAAAUUGUGGUGCCAGCUUCAGCCUUGCAACAAGGAAAUGUUACUGUUACAGCUGUCAACCCCACCCAAGUAGUCACAGGAAAUACAGUUUACCAACCAGUAACAGUCGUCACCCCUCAGGGACAGGUGGUUACCCAGGCCCUUUCCCCUGGGACAAUACGUGUCCAAAACAAUCAGCUUCAGCUGCAGUUUCACCAGGAUUUGAACCUCUUUAAUCACGAGGACAACUCGACAAAGAAUAAACGGGGCGUUCUUCCCAAACAUGCCACCAAUGUCAUGCGUUCUUGGCUGUUUCAACAUAUUGGGCAUCCCUAUCCAACAGAAGAUGAAAAGAAACACAUUGCCAGUCAAACAAAUCUGACUCUCCUCCAAGUCAACAACUGGUUCAUAAAUGCACGGAGACGGAUCUUGCAGCCAAUGUUGGAUGCUAGUUCUUCUGAGACCCCCAAAACCAAGAAGAAAACGCCACAAAACCGGCCGCUGCAGCGCUUCUGGCCUGACUCCAUUGCUGCUGGAGGGGGGACUCAUCAGCAAGUUACCAUGCCUGAUGGUACAAUGGUGACUAUGAACAUGGAGGGUCUGCAGAGCCUUACAUCAGAUGGAGCCACACUCGCAGUGCAGCAGGUUAUGUUAGCAGGCCACAGUGAAGACGAGUCGGGUGAUAGUGGGGAAGAUGAUGACGAUGCUGAUAUGACCGGGCUGGGCCUGGACAACAGCGACUCAUUGCAGUAAAUGCUUACACACUGAUCUACACAUACUCAAAAGGGAUGUGUAUUUGCAGACACAUUGGGUUUACAUCGAGCACAAAAGCACAGUAUGUCCAUGAACAUUCCUGUGCUCUUCCAGCUGACCUCCAAUCUGUGCUGCAUGUGUGUAAUCAGGAGUUUCACUUCAGAAACUGUUUUUUUUAACAAUUUUAUUUGUGUAGGCGAGUGCACUUUUUUUUGUAUAUUUAAGCUGAAAAGAUUAAAUCAAACAGAAAAUGUGUGUUAAAAACACAAACAAGUUUGUAAACUUCAUUAAGUGUUUUGUUUUGGUUUUUGUUUAAUUUGGUCUUUGUCUCCAGCUGAAUUCUGAUUUGUUUUUUGGAUGCCAAUAUGUAGAAAUUGUAUAUGUAAUGGUUUGAAUUCAUUCUUUGCAUGCUUGUGUUACAAGUAGAUGUAUGCAUUCUUCCUCACUAACUCUCACCUGGUUGAGUUGGGAAAGGAAAAUCGUAGAUAUGCUUAUUUUUCUAAACAAACAUAAAACUAGUGUUUUUCUUUUUCCUAUUUCUUUGUUUUGUAAGGAAUAUUUAUGUAAAAAUUCCUAAAGAAAAACAACUGCCCUUUUUUUAGGGUUCUGUAUGAAGAAAAGAAACUGAAUGCUGAUGAAAAUUACAAUUCAAAUUGGUUUUGAACUCAAGAGUAACAUGGCCUUAUGGGAUCCUUUCUAGAAAAUGUCUUGCCAAGAAGCACAAACAAUUUCUACUAUUGAGAAAAUAGAUUUAAAACACUAAACUGCAGAACAGAAUUGUAAAAAGAUUGAAGAGUUUGCGUGCUGCAGCCUAAUAGCUAUCUGAAGAAGUAAUCUUGCAUAAUAACUUGACUUGUGCUCAUGUUUUUUCUUUUAAUCGCUCCACAUGUAUACUAUGCAUAUGUCAUUUCACAGUAGUAACCUUGGCAUGACUUUGUCAAAUGCACAAUCAAGAACACUAUGCUUACAUCACAAUCACUCGGUCUGAGACUAAAACAUGUAUAGACACGAUCCAAUCCACACUGGAUCGCACCAACAAGGACCAUUGGACAUUUUCUAUUCAUUGAGCUUUUAUUUCUUUGUUGUUUCUAUUACAUAGACAUUGGACUUUCAGUGUUUGUACCCAUUAAAAAGAACUGGGAUCGCACACUUUUGCAGUAAACAAGUUUUAUUCAAGUUAAGAUUACUCCACAAUUCAGGUGCCUCUUGUCAAAUUCAUGGUAAAAAUUGCAUUGGACAAUAGUUGCAGUGAUUUAGUUUAUAUCAGUCUUGUUAGUUGGACACUUGGCUAAGUCUGAGAGAGCUGGUUUGUCAUUUCGGUUUGUUCAUCAUACUCUUGUCUGUUUUGCCUUAGAGCUUUCUAUUUUGGAAUAAACGAUUCCCACAUC